GCUCAGCCACACUUUGGGAAUGGGCAAAUGGUAGGAGAGUAGGAAUAGAUAGGAUAGGUCUCCGAUCCACUGCUAGCCAUGCACUGGCCUCCGAAAAGGCCUGAUGAUGCCCCUGCCGAAUCUUCAGGUUCACAGCCAAAUGCAGCGCCUGUCACAAGAAAGUUUUCUGCUCCCCCUGCAGCCCCAGUGCCCCCUCCUGCUACACCAUCUCCGAAAUAUGAGAGCAUGGACUUCUCAAAGUAUGGCUCUAGUGUUCAUGAAUCAGAUGGCCUCCAAGAUGCACAGUAUGCAAGGAGGAGUAGCUAUGAGGGCCAAUGGAUUCAGAAUCCCCGGGUAUGGCAAUGCGUGAACAAUAUCCAGCUUGGAGCGAAGAUGGGUGCCACAGUUGGCGGUUGCUUUGGGCUGCUAACUGGAGCAUGGGUGGCAGUCACACAGAGAAACCCUUUAGUCUUGCCGGUCUCUGUUGUUGGCGGUGCCAUCAGUUUUGGCUUCUUCCUCGGUUGCGGGAUGAUUAUCAGGUGCGAGGAGAAAGCAGCAAGUUCUCAAUAUCUUGAAUUGAUGCAGCUUGAUGCCAAAGCUGCAGUGCCAAGCCAGCCAAGACCGCAGCUGUCGUUCGAACCCACGCCGAAUGCCAGGAUUGCAACAUGGGUGGCAAGUGAGUCGAAGGAAGUUGAGUGAUGGUCAGGCGAGAGAAUUUGUUUGAUGACCGGCUCCUAGCACGAUUGGCACCACUGUUUCAAGGUGCCAAGGAACGUUUCAACGUUUGUGCAGCAACAGACGUGAUUCCAUUGUUGCAUUCUGCAGGGGCUGUAUACAGCAAUUAAUUAUGCUGUUUAUGUUUUCAAUCGAAAUCUGCAACUCUUUUGGUGCUACCAUUUGAGAGUAAACAUGGCCUCAGGUAAUUCUGUAAACUCUGUAGACCAUUGCACCAAUCAGAGUUGUCAGAUUGUGGAGUGGCUGCAAGUUGCUUUCUCGAUUUACGUGCCUUCUUGGCUGAGCUGGUCAUUGUCAUUGAGCAGCUUAAAUGACUUGCACUUCAAGCUUCUAAAGUUCUUGGUGUGCACCUCAUAAGC